UGGUUGACAUUACCGGCUAAGAGUAUUGGAUUGUUUACCCACUUAGGUAGUGGUUCAUGGUUUUUUUUUUAUAUAGAAAAAUUGGUGCCUCUUAAUUUCGAUUUUUACCUCGUGAGCUUUUGUAUGAUACGUGGUUACUUUGGACGAUGAUGUUGGUAGAUUGGAAGCUACCGUAAUAAUCUUUUCGGCGGUGAAUUCGUGUUACGACGCCGUCUAUAAAAUGCUUUUAUAGAAAUAUCAGUGUGGAGUACGUGACCUGAGACGCAGAUUGGUCUUAACGGCUUAACACUCGUCCGUCGUGUUCCCUGUGAAUUAAAAAAUGAAGUUAAAGAAAGUGGACGAGUACAUCAAGUGCACUGGCGACCCCGCAAGCACUGCCGCGCUCUGUCAGGAGCUUGAGGACUACAUGAAGAAGGGCCCUGGGGUGGAGUGCAGGACAUUGUGUGAUCGAAUCAUCAGGGCCUGCAACCACCAGCUGGGAACUGGAGCUGUGGGAACUGGCCAUGUUGCUGAGCUGGUGUCACUGGUUGACCUGGCACUCAUCAGCUAUGACAGCACAGGCAAUCCUGGGAUGCAGAGUAGCCCUCUCUAUAUGGAAAAAAUCCUCUUUCACAUCAUGAGGAAGCUGGCGACUCAGGGAGCAUACCAGCCUUGUCAGCGCCUGGGAGACCUGCUGUAUAAGAGACUGGACCUAGUCACUCUUGCCACCCAGACGGAAGACUGUCAGGUUCUGGUACGUAGCUGCUUUGCUGUGCUCUGGAAUGGGGCUGCAGGAAUACAGGCUGACCUGCCCGAGUCCCCCCGGGGAAGACUCGGCAGACGCCUGCAAGCCCUGCGCUUCUUGGCAUUGCUGGACAAAGCAUCUGCUGCGUCACCCACGAACUCAAAAGUGCCUGGAUAUACUGAGGAUGCUCUAGGCGAGUUUGGGAAGGCCUGCGGCAAGCUGACUGAGGAUGACGCGUCCUUCUUGGUUCAGGAGAGCCAGCGCUUCUUUUGUGACUUACUGGGGGCAGAUGUCACUAGCCCCGGUCUCUGUGGCUGGCUUCCACUGGUCAUGUUGCAUGCCUGCAGGCUCCUCUGCAAGGCAAGCCUCUGGAGCCAGGCUUCAGAACUCGUCAAGGGAGCUGCCGUGUGGCUGAAGGAGACCCCUGACCCCUUUCGCCACUUUGCUGGGUGGGCUGUGGAUGUUCACUGCCUGCUCGCCUCGGGUGAGGACUGUGCUGCCACCCUAACCGAUUGUGCUCGUGCCAUCCGAUGCCUUCCUGAUUCUUUCAGUGACCAGGAACGCCAUGUCUUCUUGCAAGCCAGCCAGUUGGUUGCCUCGGCCUUUGAAAUAAACCAGGACAAGGUUCUGAGAGGCUCAUCUCUCCUGGCUUUGUUCUCCUUCUUGGAGGAAUACCAGGAGCUCCUCCGCAAGCACCUUUCUAAGGCUAAGAAUAUACAGCCAGAGCAUAAGCUCCUCUUCCAUCAAGCUCUAUGCAGCACCUCGUGCCAAGGCUUUAUCAGUGCCUACAGCAGCCUGGUGGCCUCGCAGCUGGAGGACAAUGAGACUCUGGAAAGGGUCCUGCUCUACUGCAAGGCCACAGCUGGGCAGAUGAUGAGUGAGUCACAGAAGUUUGCUUUGGACAAUGUCUUCAUCAAGGCUGCAUCUGCUAUCAACAGCUUGGUUUAUGCUCUGUACAACCACAAACACUAUAACCAGGCCUUCUCCCUAGUGGAGAUUCUCUGCCAUGAACUGGUCAAAAAACAUAAGUCUGUGAUGCCUGUGGAUAAGCUGAACCGGGCCUUCCUGCUGGCUGUCCAAAGUUCCAGGAGAGCCGGCCAUUUGGACCGUGCUUUGGACUGGGUAGUGCUCUGGCUGCGAGCACUGGGUGACCAAAUCACAGAGCACAUGGCCGAGCCGGUGUCUCUGUGGGUCAAAACAAAGGCUGACGCGGCUCGAGGAGGACAGGCUGACACGCGGCUCAGGACGCUCCGUGACGGCUUUGGGCCACAUGUCCUAGAGGAGGAGACGCUGCUGCGGCUUUUGGAGGAGGAGCUCCGUGCCUACAGGGAAGUGCUGGGUGACACUGCUCAGGAGCGAUACAACACGCUGUGUGACCUGCUGGACAUCUGUCACGAGGACAGUGAUCGCACACACCGCCGUGCUGUGUACCUAUACGAAAUGGCCCAAGUGGUCUGCUUCCAGGACUUCAGCGAGCAGACUGAGUGCUCAGCAGUAGACUUCACCCUAGAGUCCCUGAGACUGUUGGAUGAGGAGCCAGAGACUGCAGGGAAUGCUGAUCGCCUUAGUGACGACAAGGCCCAGGCCUCACUGUGGCUCUACAUCUGCACUCUGGAGAAGAACCUCCAUGAGGCUGUGGAGGUAGACAAGAGGCUGUGUGAAGCUCGAGAACAACAAAAUCGGUGUCUGGAGCCAGUGGGAACCAAUGACAUGGACUAUGAGGACGAGCAGAAGCAGCAGGAGUGCCAGCUGAUCUAUGAGGGCCUGCGCUUCAACCUGAUUGCUGAAAGCAAGCAGUGCCAGCCUCUGGAUAGGGCUUUGGAGCUCUGGAAGGACCUUCUAAGAAGGAAGAUGGAACCUGCAGUCCGUUCUGCCAAGCAAACUGUCUUCUCUGUUGUUCUCAUGGCUGCCCUCUACAAGCUUAUUGGCAAGCCCCUAAGGGCCCUGGAGAGUCACCAGCUUGCUGCUGGCCUUGCGCGCAGAAUCGGAGACUGCUCCGGCUGCGUCAGCUCUCUGUGCCACUCGGCCAGGCUGCUGCUGGAGCUCGGCGCCCCUGAACUGGCAGAGGCUCAACUGGAGCAGGUAGAACGGCUACUGUCCUCCAUGGACUCCUGUGCUGAGGGUGUGUUGCCGCUGCGUGUCCUGGCCACGCUCCUGAGAGCCGAGCUCUGCUACAGCACCCGGCAGGUGGAGAAUGGAGUGUCCCACCUGUCUGAGGUCCUGAAGGAGGUGGGAGAACAGAGAUGUUCCAAGACCUGGUAUUUGCUACGUGCCAAGGCUCUCCAGACAGCCAGUGCCUACCUUAACCUCAAUGCCACUGCUCUGCCUAGUCAUCUUCGUCAAAGGAUUGCUGAACAUGGCCUGAAGACCCCUGACACGACCCUGUACGAAGGCUUAAAGCUGCUGUGUAGCCUUGUGGUGACCUUAUUAGGAAAUGGUCUCUAUGGAGCCAGUGUUGCUGUGGAUACCCGUUUUAUUGAUCAAGGAGACAAUGUCGUCCUGAAAUGGCAGCUGCUGGCUGAGGUGCUCAGCUGCUCCCUGAGGAUGGUGACUGUGAGGAGCUACAGUGGUGCUAUCCACGAAGCCAAGGUGCAGUGCCUGGAGGCCUUGAAGCUCUCCACCAAGCUUCACACCUUAAGCCGAUGUGCUGAGUUCCUGGUGGUGAAGGCUGAGUUGGAGCUCCAGAAAGGGGAGAUGGAGCUAAGUGGCAUGGAUCUUGAGCAAGUCACCAGUCUUCUUGAUCUAUGCAUUGACUUUACUGGCAAUGAAGAGAAGAUGGAGGUCAAGAUCAAGCCAAGAAAAGGGAGGCCGGCUAAGAAGACCCAGUCCCCACAGGCAGCAGAAGAUGACUAUAGUGGUCUCCUGAAAACCAGGUCCUUCCACCAGCAGCCUGUGGACACUGCGGAGGACUGGGCCCAGGCUGCGUCUCCCAAACUCCAGCCCAAACGGCAGUGCUGGCUGGCCUCCCUGGAACACAAGGCAGACUGCAGCUGUCCCUGCUGUUCAGACCCGGCUCUGGGGCGUGUCUGUGCCCGCUGGGCUGCUGUCCAAGCAGAGUUAGCUAAUCAUUCACCACAGGGAGUGACGGGUCGGUCUCACAAGCUUUUCCUCACUGCCUUGUCACGCUGCAGGAACGUGAUAGCCAAGGUUGCAUCCAAUUUGGCCAUGCUGAUGGCAGCCAAGGACAAGCCCUCACUGUCUUUUCUGGACGACCUAAUCGGGAGAAUCUACAUGCGCAUGACCCUUUCUGGUCUUCAGGUGCAGAAGGCUAUUGGUAUGUGGGAACUCCUGGAUUCUGGCUUUGCCUUUGUGACAUCCAAAAUGUCUCCUGAAAUGGAUUCAGUACAGGCUAGCCUGCAGGUCACAAAAGCCCUGGCCAUCAUGCUCACCUUAGCUUCCCAGAAGAAUUGCCCUGCAGAGGAGCUCUUCUCUCCAGUGUGGCCCUGGAAUCCUUUGAAGUCUAAUAAACCCAGAACACUUCCUUCAAAAAAAACCAAAGAUCUUGGUCUGUUUUCAAAAGCAGAAGACGGCAAGAAAAAGGACAAAGGGGUCUCCUUAACUGCAGAGGAAUCAAAGAGAACUAAAGAGACAGUUGUGCCUUCAGUGCUAUCCAAGGCUAAAAUGACGCUUCCUUCCACAAAGACAAAGUCAUUGACCUGCAAAACCCCACGUACCGUCAAACCUAAAAGCUCCAAGACAAAAUCCAGUGCUGUGGGAGAGCAAAGUGCUUUUGACUUUGACAAUGUAAUUCCUCAAGUUGUCGUGAGAGCACCUUCUCCCACGGUGCCACAUACUCCUGUCCAGAUGACGUUGGCACCUGCCUCACGCCGCCGCACAGCAAAGUCUGCAUCAAAACUGCAGUUCCGUGUAUAUGAGGAAUCCACAUCACCGGCAGACCGGCUGAGACCAGUGCCUGCGGCUCCAAAAAGAAGCAGCAGGUCCCGCUUCAAGAUAGAUUUCAGUGAUGAGAGCGACGCAGAGACCAGUGUCCCAGCGGUGGUUACUAAGAAGAGAGAGACUGGCAGGGCGUCUGCACGCACCAGAACCGCUGCUGCCAGCAAAGAGAAAGUGCUGGCCAUCACUGAAAAGGAACCACAGAAAGUGCGGAUCAGGGCCAGCAAGAGCACCGCCUCCCCCCCAGACUGUCCCUCUGAAGAGUCUGCUCCACCUGCCCCACGGAGGAGCAGGCCAAAGAAAAGUGCUGACCGUGUUACCAAAGGCAGCUCAAGUACAGAGGAACCAGAGCAGAUGAGAACCAUAAAGGAGGAGGAAUUUGGAAUGAAUACUAGUCUGCAAGAGCUGAAGAUGGAGUGUGAGGCCUCAGCAAGAACAGAAGAGCGUGACACAGACCUAGAGGUUCUGCGGAGGGAUGUGUGGGUGGACCCUGAAAGAGAUGGCCGAGGGGACUUCAGAAGAGCAGGUCCUUCUCGGACCCUCUUCCCCCAGUCCUCAAUUCCUGCUUCAGUACCGGAUGGGCUAACUCUGGAGUAUGCACGGGAUCUCCUGUGGAGCGCCUUGCUCUCCCUCCAGCACUUUCCUCCAGCCGGGCUCUACACGAAGCUCUGUGGCCUUCUCGCUCUGUGCCUUGGUCAAGGGGACCCCGUGACCACUGCCAUGCUCCACUCCCAGUCCCUGGGCCUCACCAGCAGGCAUCACAUGACACGCCACCUUACCAGCAGAGUCAAGAAGUUGAAAAAGGCUCCUGGUUUGGCUGAGGAACUGCAAUCCUUAAAUCUGGACGACGCUAGUGGACACACAUUGGCCCACAGGCUGACUCAGCUGGAGGCCGUCUUCAGGUUCCCCACCCUUGACCCCUCUGCCUUCCCUCAGCAGCAUUGCCAGCACUUCACUCAACAGCUCCAGAAGAUCCCUCCCGGAACCACUCUGUGCCUCCUUUCUGUGGUUGGCAUGCGGCCUGGUGAGAUGGGCGACACCAUCUUGUUGACCCGUUUGGAGCGUGGGCUGAAUCCAGUCACGGUUCGCAUUCCCACGGCACAGCAAGAGUGUCCAGUGAGUGCCAUAGUCCAAGAGAUGGACAGCGUGCAGAAGCAGCAGAAAGUGGUGAGCAGCGUUGCUGACAAGGCGCAGUGGUGGGAAGGUCGUAGGGCACUGGACAGCCGGGUGGAGAAGCUGCUGGGUAAGAUGAGGGAGAUGCUGAGUUGCUGGAUGGGGUUACUACUGCCUCUGUCCUCUGACCCAGAGGUCUCCCACCAGGCAAAGGACCUCCACCAAACUCUGACGGAGUGUGGUGCUCACAUUACAGAGGAGCUGCUGAAGGUUGUACUGUCAGCUGCGCCCCUCCUCUCUCAGCACGAUAUCCAGGCCCUGGUUGGAGGCCUCUCUUCACAAAAACCAGAGCAGACUUUGUCGCGUCUGCAGGCAGCAGUGUCUGCGCUGAGGGACAGGGCCGAGCCACGAGGUCACGUUGUCCUCAUCUUGGAUAAGUACCUUCAGAAGCUGCCGUGGGAAAGCAUCUCCUGCCUCAGGUCUUGCUCCGUCACUCGUAUGCCUUCUCUGCAGUUCCUCAUAGGCCACAGCGUCUCCAAGGAGAUGGAUGCAGAUUCUUUGCUGAAUCGUGGUGUGGACCCAAAGAAGGUCUUCUAUGUUCUGAACCCUGACGCCAACUUGACAGACAGUGAGGGGCGCUUUCGCGAGUGGUUCGCAGAGGAGCCUGGCUGGGAGGGUGUGUGUGGGGCUGCACCUAAUCCAGUACAACUCCAAGAGGCGAUGACCACUAAAGAUCUCUACAUCUACGUGGGCCAUGGAGCAGGAGCCCGUUUUCUAGAAGGCCAGCGCAUCCUGAAGGAGGAGUUGCGUGCUGCAUCGUUCUUGUUUGGAUGCAGCAGUGCUGCCUUGGCUGUCCAUGGAGAGCUAGAAGGUUCUGGAAUAAUCCUGAAUUACCUCAUGGCUGGUUGCCCCCUGAUCCUUGGAAACCUUUGGGAUGUGACGGAUCGGGAUAUCGACCGCUUCACAAGGGCCCUCCUGCAGUCCUGGCUUUCUGCAGGCCGCGGGGCGGCUCUCCUGGAUCACAUGACCUCGUCCCGCCAGGCCACGCACCUGAAGCACCUGAUCGGGGCAGCACCUGUUGUUUAUGGGCUGCCUAUCUUUUUGCGAUAGCAUGGGAGUAUGAGCUAAAUUAGCUUCAGUGGAUUAACAGCAUCGUGAAAUGGGUAUAUCUGCCAUAUAUAUACUGUGCUUGGGCUUUGCUUUUCUCCUUAAACUUUUUUUUAAUUUUAUGUUAACUCGUAUUUUUAGUUUUGACUCUACUUGUGGUUGUCAUUAUCUAAUAUGCAUCCUAAUCUAUUCGAGGGUUUUGUUUUUUUUGUUUUUGUUUUUAUCCUUCAAUGUAUACAACACUUUUUAAGAGUUUAUUAAAAGCAGUUUGUUUGAAAUGUUGCGUGUCAUUUUAUGUGGAGGGACAUGCUCCCCCCCCUAUCACAUUAAUGUAGUUGAAAUGUGCCUCAGUCUGUAAAAAGAAAUUGAAAUAGAUAUUCCUGUUUAAUUUUGGCCAUUUGCACAGUGUGGAGCCUGGCCAAGUUGAUCUAUGCACAAAAGAUUCUGGUUAAUUUCACUUAACCCACAUUUCAAA